AUGGGUACCCUGCCGCAGCCAGCCAUCGUCAAGGGACAGCUGUGCCCGCUGGAAACGACCCUGCUCCAUCGGACCUUCGAAGCUAACGUCGACCAAUUCUGCGGCACCGAUACGGCCAUCAUCUACGACGAUGAGCGCCGUGGGGAGCUGCAGAUCAACUACAAUGUGCUGAACUCGACGGCGAACCGCCUGGCGGCGGCCGCCCUGAACCGCAUCAAGGAGCACUUCCGCUCGCCGGCGAACAGCGACGGGGACCACAUCGUGGCGGUGUGCAUGCACCCAACCGACCGGCUGGUGACGAUGCUGCUGGCGAUCUGGAAGGCCGGUGCGGCGUACCUGCCGAUCGAUCCGACAUUCCCCCCGAACCGCAUCCAGCACAUACUGGGUGAGGCGAAGCCGGUGCUGGUCGUGUACGACGAUGACUACGACAAUGCGGCCAUCUUCGGGAAGACGCCGGCCAUCAGCUACGCCGAGCUGCGGAAGCGCGCGAGCGACAUGAGCAACGCCAACAUCCGGCCGGACGCGAUGCUCGGCCACGGCGAGAGCCAGCUGGCCCUCGUCCUGUACACCUCCGGUAGUACCGGUGUGCCGAAAGGCGUGCGCCUCAACCAUGAGACCAUUCUGAACCGGCUGCAGUGGCAGUGGGACCGCUUCCCGUACUCGCCGACCGAGCGGGUCGGUGUGUUCAAGACGGCCCUCACGUUCGUCGACUCGGUCACGGAGAUCUGGGGUCCGCUGCUGAACGGUAUGGCGAUCAUCGUGGUACCGAAGAAGAUCACCAACAAUCCGGAGCGGCUGGUCGAACUGCUCGAGCGCUAUCGGAUUGAGCGGUUGGUGCUAGUCCCGACCCUGCUCCGUUCGCUGCUGCUCUAUCUGCCCCUGCAGCAGCAGGCCAACGGUGGCGCGAAGCUGCUCUACAGUCUCCGGACGUGGGUGUGCUCCGGCGAGCCACUGCAGAUAUCGCUGGCCCGCGAGUUCUUCGACUACUUCGAGGAGGGUGUGCACGAGCUGUGCAACUUCUACGGCUCGACCGAGGUGAUGGGCGACGUGACGUACUUCGUGUGCGAGUCGAAGCGCCAGCUGGAUAACUACGAAAAGGUGCCGAUCGGUUACCCGCUCAGCAACACGGUCAUCUACAUCCUCGGCCCCAACCUUCACCCGGUGCAGGCGAAAGAGAUCGGUGAGCUGUACGUGUCGGGGCUGAACCUGGCCGAGGGUUACGUGAACGGGCGUGACAGGGAUCGCUUCAUCGACAAUCCGCUGUCGAUCGACCCGGCGUUCGCGCGUCUGUAUCGCACCGGGGACUACGCGUCGGUCAGCAAGGGCUGCGUGUACUACCAGGGCCGAACGGACUCACAAAUCAAGAUCCGUGGCCACCGGGUCGAUCUGUCCGAGGUGGAAGCCAACCUGCUCGGCCUGCCCGGCAUCGAUAAGGGUAUCGUGCUGUGCUACCACGCCGGCGAGAUCGACCAGGCGCUGCUCGGGUUCGUCACCCUCGAGGCGAACAGUCACUAUCAAACGGGACUGCAGGUCGAGGGGGCGCUGGCGGAUAAGCUGGCCCACUACAUGAUCCCACAGGUGAUCCUCCUCGACAGCAUACCGCUGCUCGUCAACGGCAAGAUUGAUCGUCAGACGCUGCUGAAGAUGUACGAGAACACCAACAACAACGACGACACGGAGAUCGAGAUCGAGUACGACUACAGCGACGUGCCGGUGAGCCAGCUAGCCGUGGCGAAGGACCUGUUCGAGACGGUCGGCCAAGUGAUCGGGCGUUCGACGCGAGCCAAGAUCUGCCUGUCGAGCAACUUCUACGAGCUCGGCGGCAACUCGCUGAACUCCAUCAUCACCGUGACGAAGCUGUGCGGUAAGGGCUACCCGGUCAGCAUCACCACGUUCAUCGGGGCGAACAAUUUGGGCGAAAUUCUCAACAAGAUCUGUGCCGACGAGCGCGAGCUAAAGCUGUGCACGUUCGACGAUGAACUCAAUACCAAAGAGCGUCUGACGCCGAGCUUCGACUAUCGCAUGCAGCUGACCGCGUUUCCGCUGGCGCUGGAGCACAAAAAGGACACCAUCGACAUCAUUACGUCGAGCUUCUUCGAGAAGGCCGACCUGGAGCAGUGGCUCAAGCCUCAGAUCUACGAGACGGACUACAAGGACAUCCUGGAGGACAUCUGGCUCGUCCUGAUCGAGAAGGGGCUGAGCUUCAUCAUCAAAGACGAAACCGGCCGGUCGGUGGGCGUCUCGCUGAACUUCGAUGCUCGUGACGAACCGGAAGUGACGGUCACCAGCAAGCUGAUCAUCGUGUUUGAGUUCCUAGAGUUUGUGGAAGGACCGAUUCGGGAUAGUGUGCUGCCGGAAGGCGUGAACCAGAUCCUACACUCCUUCAUGAUGGGCACGUGUGCGGAACUGUCCGCCCAGGAGAACAUCGAAGCGAUGCACUUCAUGGAGAGCGAGGUGCUGAAGCUGGCCAAGCGUCGAAACUUUGCCGGCAUCUUCACCACCAACACCAACCCGCUCACGCAGCAGCUUGGCUCGAACGUGUACCACUACGAGACGAUGCUGGACUAUCAGGUUAACCAGUUCGUCUACAGCGCGGACGGGUCGAGACCGUUUGCGGCCGCCCCCAACAGCCAGCGGGCGGUGGUACACUGGAAGGACAUUCGGCAGCAGUGAAACACCGAGCCGAGCGGUUAAGCUAAGGAUUGGUCGGUCCGCCGGCCGACGAAUUAAGUUAUUUUUAUUUAUAAAAAAAAGAAAAACCACUAUUCGCGCACAACCAAUCCUUCCUCCGCACACGGGAGGACAGUACAGGGAACCUGAAGCCACCGAAUGCCCUGGUUCACACUAUUAUUCACCGACACCCUACUCUUCUGUACUCGGUAUGGGGUUUCCAGUUCUUCGCCGUAACCGUCGUUGUCGACCUUAGUAUUUAAGCGAACAGUAUUUUUUUUUUAGUUACGGUAUAGAAGCGUUCGUUGCGAUCGGUUAGUAUACUCUUUUCAAAGUAAAAAAAAAUCCUAGAUGCAAACAUUCUUUGCAUUAGUAAUGACAAAAAAUUGUGAUUUUAAGCUGCGCACCGGUUCAGAAAGGAAGUGUGCCCACGCUUAGGAACAAGUUCCAAAAACGGCACACACCGCUAUGGGAGUGCAUGUCAACCCUGGAAGCUAACUAGAAAGAUAA